AUGGCGACGCCGAAUCAGGAAGCAAUCGAUACUUUCAUGAGCAUCACCGGCGCUUCCGACGCCGUCGCCGUUCAGAAGCUCGAGGAACAUCGUGGUGAUCUUAAUCAAGCCGUGAAUGCAUAUUUCAGUGAGGGAGAUCGAAAUGUAGUACAUGAAGCACCGGUGAAUGUGCCUCAUGACGAUGAAAUGGAUAUAGAUGAUGUGAUCCCGGUUGCACAAUCUCCUCUAGAUCUUCUCAAUGCAGUUAGAUCAACGAGUCCCUUUUCCCUUCUGGAUUCAAACUUUGGUAGAAGUAUAUUUGAGAAUGAUCCUCUUAUGCCACGCCCACCUUCGUUUGUUAGCCAUCCGAGGGAGGUUAGGCUGAUACCUAUAGAGGUUAAGGAUAGCAGUGAGCCAUCAGAACGAUCUAGGGAUGCUCCUACCAUUGAGGAUGUCACAGAGACCGCACAUGUUCAGGCUCCAGCUACACAAGGGACGGUGAUUAUAGAUGAAGAGAGUGAUGAUGAUAUUCCUUUUGCACCAACAACAAGAAGUAGGGAAGUUAUACAUGAUGCUUCUGCACCUAAUAAUGUUCAAGAUUACAAUGAUAUAGAAGAAGAGAUGAUCCGAGCUGCCAUUGAGGCCUCAAAAAUGGAGGCUGAGGGAUCAAUUCAUCCUUUGCCUGUAGAGAGGCCGUCUAACUUGGGAGAUGAUGAUGACAUAGCAAAAGCUGUAACAAUGUCAUUGAAGUCAGCGGAGGAAGAAGUUUUGCGCAAUCAAGGGUUUAAGGCCUCAACCUCAGAAAUAGGAGCUUCUGAAACGACGGCUGCUCAAGGACCUGAAGUCACUGAAGCCCUAAACGGAAGAUUGGCAGCACCUAGCUCACCAUUUGAGGAUGACUCAGAUGAUGUUGAUGAGGAACCUCUUGUUAGACACAGGCCAAGACGUGUAGCGUCUGGACCUCUGGCCCCACCUGACGCUGACCGUUCCCGGAGCGGGAGUCCUGAAGCAGAUAAUCCAGCGGAUGGUGGCAAUAGGUUUCCUUCUGAGUGGGGAGGCAUUUCGUCUGAGGAGCAUGAUGAAGCUGUGAUGCUCGAGGCAGCCAUGUUUGGUGGCAUUCCUGAAACUGGAUAUAAUCAUCGUCCAUUCUUACCUCCUCAGCAGUGGGGACCACCACGCCCACCCUCGCCUUCAUUGACAGCUCAAAGGUUGAUACGAGAACAGCAGGACGAUGAAUAUCUUGCAUCCCUGCAAGCUGACCGAGAUAAAGAACUGCAGUCCAUUAGAGAUGCCGAGGUACGUCGGUUAGAGGAAGAAACCGCUAGACAGGCUUUUCUGGAGGAAGAAAAGAAAAAAGAAGAAGAAGCUCAAAGAAAACUCGAGGAAGAACAGGAGCUAGAGAGGCAACUAGCUGCAAAAGAAGCAUCUUUGCCUAAGGAACCACAAGCAGACGAAGAGAAUGCUAUCACCCUUCUAGUCCGAAUGCCAGAUGGAACUCGACGUGGUCGCCGGUUCCUUAAAUCCGACAAACUCCAAGUGCUAUUCGACUUCAUAGACAUUGCCAGAGUGGUUAAACCCAAGACUUACAGAUUGGUGAGGCCAUACCCUCGGCAAGCGUUUGGUGAUGGAGAAAGUGAGGCAACGCUUAACGAUCUUGGAUUGAGCAGCAAACAAGAAGCAUUGUUCCUUGAGCUCAUUUGA